GCGCCCCUCCCGCGGCCCCGCCCAAGGCCUGGCUUCCGCGCGUUGCGCCGACCCACAAUUCCCGCCGUGGCUGCCCGCAGGCUGCGGUGUUUGCUGGCUGGAGUCUGCGCCGGAGCCCGCUGGCCGCCGCCGGUGACAUGCUGCAAAAACCGAGGAACCGGGGCCGCUCUAGCGGCCACGCCGAGAAGGUCGGAGACCCCGGGGCCUCGCGGGCCGGCGGAGACUGCGUUGCCGAGGAGGCCCCGAGCACGUCCCGCGGGCCGGGCGGCUCGCAGGGGGCGCGGGGCUCCUCGCCUCCGGGCGCCCGCCGUUCUCUGGCCGCCCCCGCGGUGGGGCCCAGGACCCAGAAGCAGUUGGAGCUGAAGGUGUCCGAGCUGGUGCAGUUCUUGCUGAUUAAGGACCAGAAGAAGAUUCCGAUCAAGCGGGCCGACAUGCAGAAGCACGUCGUCGGGGACUACAAGGACAUCUUCCCCGACCUCCUCAAACUGGCCUCCGAGCGCCUCCAGUACGUCUUCGGGUACAAGCUGGUGGAACUGGAACCCAAGAGCAACACCUACAUCCUCAUCAACACCCUGGAGCCCGUGGAGGAGGAUGCCGAGUUGAGGGGCGACCAAGGCACGCCCACCACGGGCCUCCUGAUGAUCGUCCUGGGGCUCAUCUUUAUGAAGGGCAACACCAUCAAGGAGACUGAAGUCUGGGACUUUCUGCGGCGGCUAGGGGUCUACCCUACCAAGAAGCAUUUGGUUUUCGGAGAUCCAAAGAAACUCAUCACCGAGGAUUUUGUACGACAGCGUUACCUGGAGUACCGGCGGAUACCCCACACCGACCCCGUGGACUACGAAUUCCAGUGGGGCCCACGAACCAACCUGGAAACCAGCAAGAUGAAAGUUCUUAAGUUUGUGGCCAAAGUCCAUAAUCAAGACCCCAAGGACUGGCCAGCACAGUACUGUGAGGCUUUGGCGGAUGAGGAGAACAGGGCCAGGCCUCAGCCGAGUGGCCCAGCCCCAUCUUCCUGAAAUCUGAGGUGGAUUCAGAGGGACUCCCGGGACAAGAGUCUGAGACCCAAAGGCACAUUGUAGAGAGAUGGGGGAAGGGAGAACCCAGGGAGCGUAUUUCUGUAACGCUUCAAUGUGUGUAGCUUUAGCAUGUGUUUGCAAAGUUUUGUUCUUUAACGUGGUGUUAUUUGGUUACAGAUUUUCAUUUGUUUUGUUUUGAUUGUACUGUUUUUCAUAUGAAAAAUUUUCCUAGCUUGGUAAAACGAGUUGGAAAACUUGACUGUGAUCUGGAACAGAUAAGCAAGAAGAAACACAGUGAGUUGCUUUGCUGCCAAGAAAAUUAAAAGCAAGGUAGCAAUUAUUGGGUCUCAUAACUACCCCAGUUUGUAAGGAAAAAUAAAAAGGUUUUAUAAAAUUAAAAAUAAAAACAUAAUUGCCCAUAUCCUUAUUACCUUAACCUAUUUUUUUUUUUUUUUUUAAUUUUUCCUACAUAGGUAAGUAUCGUUCAUGGUUCCAAGCAAUGAACAUGUUUUCUUCAGAUAGCAAUUGUUUAUAUUCGUAAUUAUUCAGCUUGGUUGCUAAACAUGUAGUUCCACUUAGUUUUUUUCUUCUUGCUACUCUGUUGUAAUAAAUGCUGUAUUUUUGAAGCACUUAAGCAUUGCGUGUUUUUAAAAUCGUGGUUCAUGAGAGAAUUCAUGACUGUAAGUCAGCAUCUUAAAGUUUUUGCUACAUAUUCAGGUAACACUGUUGUAGAAGUUGUUUCACUUCUGUGUGUGUGUACAGGAUCAUGAGGUAAAAUGUAUUUCUCACUGUGGGUCUCAAAAAGGCUUAUAAAGCAAUAGCAUAACCAUAAACCGUGCCUGCUUGGGAAUUGGACUGCCUGGGUUCAGAUCCUGGCUCCACCAUAACUAGUAUAUGAAUUUAUGUAGGUUCCUUACUGUAUGCACAUGUUUCCUGACCUGUAAAGUGGUUUUAGUCCCUGAUGUGGAGGAUUUUACUUGUUUAUUCUUUAAUUUUUUUAAUUUGUUUUUUUUUCCUCCUUGAUCUGGAGCUGCCACUUUAAUUAUCUUUUUCUAAAUCAUUCCUAUGAGAACAAUUACUGGUUCAAAAGGUAUGUUCCUCUAGUCUGACUCUAUUGUAUGUCUAGUUUUAUGGGGAAAUAUAAUGUGUAUGGUGAGUAUAACCCACAUAGAACAGUGGGAGCAGGAGGUUAGACAUAAGAUCUACCCCUUAGUGUAUAGGGAAAAGGAUCUGGGUCUUGGAGCUGUCUGGCAAACUGAAUUUGAAUUACGGCUCAUGCUAACUUGUCAGCAUGGUGAUUGUGCGGGGAGAUUUUAAGCUCUCUGAAUCUCAAUUUCUUUAUCUGUAAAAUGAGAAAAGUAAUAGCCAUCUAAUAGUUUGUUUUGUGGAACAAAUGAACUGGAAGAGUUCAUAGUCCCGUUGUAUUCCUCCACUACAUAUAGCAGAUGCUGUCUUAUGCAGAGAUUCAGCAUCUCUCUGAAUGAACCCAUAUAUUCUGUGGGUAAAUAAGUAUAAUUGUUUUAGAAGGAGGUGCUGCAAAUUAACCUUGCAAUAAGGCAAAUAAAUUUCAAUGGAGGAUAAAAA